AUGAAUAACGAAAAUGAAAUUCACUCAGAAAAACGAUUCACCACACCAUCGAUGAGAAGAUUUAAUUCAAAUAGAGAUGUAUUCCUUCAUAUGGAUGAGUUUUCUUCAUACGAAGAGGAAGCAUCUUUUCAAUCAAGUAGUAGCAGCAAUGAAUUUGAAUAUGGCAUACAAAUGUUACGAUCUCAGAUCGCAAACGCUGAUAAGAAGAUACAAUCUCUCCAGAAAUCCAGCUCGGAAAAUGAUGCAGAAUUUGAACGUCAAUUAAGACAUAAACAAAUGAUUUUACAACAGCUAACAGAUCAGAUCAGGCUUACUGAAGAUGAUCGUAAAACAGAAAUAUUUAAAGAAUAUAAUGAUCAAAUAAAAGAUUUAGAAGCUCAAAUCAAAGCACAAUCAGAAGUACUAAGUGUUCUAGAUUCUUCUGAACUAAAAUAUAAUAAAUAUUUAGAAGAUUUCAAAUACAUUAAUUCAAUCUGCGAAUCCGACACGCAAGAAGUAUUUGAUAUUGCAUCUAAGAUGAUCCAAUUGAAAAUUUCAUUUCCAAUUGAUAAACAGAAUAAGAUAAAUGCAGAAUUGGAGAGUGAAUUUAACAAUUUAAUUCAAGAAAAAUCCAUUUUUGAUGCAAUAAUACCAUCUUUAAAGAAUGAUAAUGAUUCCCUUGAAAAAGAAAUAGAAGAUAUCAAAGAAAAGAUUAAUGCCAUUGAAAUGCAGAACCAGAUAAAUGAAAAGAAUCAGAAUAUUUGGAAAAAAAGCGAUUGCAGGCUGAGUGAAGAUCUUUUGAGAGCCAAAUCACUAUUAAAGCAAGAAUCAAAGGCUCGAAUCCAAAAAGAAAAGAAAUAUUUUACUGAACAAGUUAAACAGCAUGUAACUGAUAAUAAAACAAUGAAGCUUAAUGUCCAAUGGAAAACUCAAGAUGGAAAAUUGCUUCAAGACCAAAUUGAACAGUUGAAUUAUGAAAUAUCAAAUUAUAUUGAUGAAUCAGAUAAGAAAAUUGACCGCCUGAAAGCAUCUAUACAGGAUCUCAAGGAUAGACAGAUGUUUUCGGCUAAAAGCAAUAGUAUGCAAAUUCAAACACCUCAACCUUUCAAGAAAAAGAAUUCUCUUUUCAGACAUCAAAGUACCCCAAUAUCUGUUGCCCAUAACCAAUAA